AUGGCUAUUGAAAUCGAUGAGCUCAAAAAGAAGCUCGCUGUCGCAGAGGAGCGUCUACAGAAGUACUUCGACUUCUGGCGCUCGGCGGAAGACGAGCUUACACGCCAGCUCGAUAUCACCGAUGACCUAAAGAAGGAAUUCCAGGCGGCAAAGGUCGAGGCUGCCAACGCGCAGGAGCCUUCGAAGGACAUUGGUGAGGCUGAGGUCGUGGAAGCAGCAGCUGAGGGCAAUACGCUCGACUGCGACUUCACACAGUGA